UUUGUUUGACCAGCAAUUCAGAUGACAACUUGUUGAAGAACAUCGAACUUUUUGACAAACUUGUACUCCGCUUCAAUGGCCGCGUCCUGUUUGUCAAAGAUGUUCUCGGGGAUGAGAUUUGCUGUUGGUCGUUUUACGGCGAAGGUCGUAAGAUAGCCGAAGUAUGCUGCACGUCCAUCGUCUAUGCCACGGAGAAGAAGCAGACCAAAGUUGAGUUUCCCGAAGCUCGGAUUUUUGAAGAAACUCUUAAUAUCCUCAUUUAUGAGAAUGGCCGAAGAUCCGGUCCCGGGGGCUUACACCUCUUCGACUCUCGAGGCCCCGGUUCAUCGGUGGGCACUGGCCAAUCGGAGGAAGAGGGCGCAGUGGGCGGGGACAGACGAGUAAGGAGGAUCCACGUCAGGAGACACAUCAUGCACGAUGAGCGAGGGCACGGCCAGCAAACUGUGUACAAGGAUUAACAAUGUGAAGACAAAAGAGGCUCGCCGCAGGAACCUGUUCCAUGACGUCUUCAUUGUCAGUCGUCACAUUAGACGUCACCGCCCAAGUUGAGGUGUAACUGGAGAAAGGUGAAAAUGUUUACAAGAUAAAUAAUAGCGUCCAGUUUUGAAAUAGGCGAAAUAGCCUGGGUCACGACACUGGCAUCAAUAUGAUUUCAAUAUUCUUCGCCUUCUAUUGACGGGGGUGUUGAUGAUAUGCACUGGCAGCCGCCGCUGCGUUGGACGUUAUGGGUAACACUUUUUUUGGGCUUCAUCUGCUUGUAUUUUCUCAGAUUGUCCGACUUCACAUCAAUAGAUGAGGUGGUUUCUCAAGUUUAGUGUAGAUAUGUUAACACUGGAAUAGCCUGCGUAGCAAUUUUUCUUUUUUUGUGUGUGUGAAGUUGUCUAAGGAUGAGAUAGUUGGGCAGCUCUAAUUUUCCAUAUUUAAAUUAUUUCCGCUGUCGCUUCGGGAUGUCUUUUUAAUUAAUUUAUGAACCUAAUUUAUUGUUGUGUAUUUAACGUUUGUAUGCAAUCCCAGUGUUAACACAUGUUUCAGUGGGUAUACAUUUGCACUCUCUAGCACACAUCAGAUUUUGAAUGACGAAAUAAUGUUUUAUUUAAGUUGGCUUGAAGGUGAUUGUGUCGUAUCUUAUUCUGAGCCAUGAUUUUUCACUUUUCUUCAUGUCUUAUAGCAAACCACUGAAACUUGUUCCAAGUUGUUGGUCUAGCAGUUGAUGUUAAUGCGUGCAACUUUUUAAUGUUUUUUUAUACCCCAUCCCUUCCCCCAUUUCAAUGAAUUGAGAGUAUUCUCAGAUGUUUUGUGUGCACCUAAUUCUUUGUGUCUGUCUCCUUUUUAAAAAUUUUCCAAUAACAUAAUGCACUACUUCACCUUGCAACUUCCGUCCUACUGUGGUGAGAAAUGUUCUGAAUAAAUUAAGAAAUCCAAU